AUGAGCACUCCAGUAACAACAAGUCCAAAUAUGGAGGUGAAGGUGGUCUCCCAGGAGAUGGCAUUGCUUAGCAACCUGAUGGCUGCUUACACCUUCAUUGCAGACCAACCUGAGAGGGCAGCUCUGGUGUUUCUGGGUGGUGUGUGUGUCGGCCUCCUCGUCACACUCUGUGCCAUCGUCUUCCAGAUACACUGUCGAGCAGACUGUAACUAUGGAAACAGUAACAACCCUCACCAUCGACACAGGAGCAGGCACCAUCACCAUCACCGUCACCAUCACCAUCACAGCUGUCCCCGCCAUCAGCCCGGCAACAGUAAUCCAGACAGCACUGCUGUUGUUGCGUCUGGAGGGGCCGGGCCUGUGGGGGACAGUGAGUCAGAGGAAUGGGACGACACGUCUGACCUGUCGGCACGACGACGCAGACGCUUUGAGAGAGCCCUACUGCAUGCCACCAUGUUUACAUCAGCUGAGGAGUUGGACCGAUCCCAGCGGCUAGAAGAUCGGGAAAGGAUUCUCAGAGAGAUCUGGAUGAACGGACAACCUGACAUCAGUACAGUCACUCAGAGCCUUAACAGAUAUUACUGA